GCAUCACCUUGCCGUUGCUGCUGCGCCCCCAACCCUUGCCACAUUUCCACCGAUUCGCCUUCUUCUCCGGACCAAUGCCCACGCCCAGCUGAUUAGCAUCUUGUCGUCGACCAACCCGUCGAAGUCGGCGCAAGUGUGUGCUGUGCUACACCCCACGCAUCUGACAUCACCACCACCACCACCACCACCACCUAGAGGCAUAUCAUGAUGGAGCCAGCGCCUUUGAAGGGGCUCAUAGCCAACAUUCCGGACUGGGUCAAACGCCUCGAUGAUCUCAACGGCCAAAUCGAGCAGCGCCAGCGAGACCUGGCCAAGCUCGGUCAAGAACACAAGCCCGCUUCCACCGCCCGGUCUCUCAGAAAUAAGGGCUCAACAGAGUCAUUGAAGCCCAAAGAAGAUGGAGCAGCAUUCCCUCCAGCUGCUACCGAACGUCGAGACCGAGAUACGACGCCACCGCCAGCGUUACCAGGCUAUCCGGCGCACAACGCCUCGGACCAGCAACCACACCCUUCGAGUCCUGCCAGCGAUACCAAGUCGCCGUCCACAAUCCAACGACAGACCAACGAGGUAGUGGCGGCCGCACGGAAGCGCGCUCAGGCGACUGUCCAGAAGCGCCAAAAAACAGAAUCCAUGAUGAGUAGCGAAGGCCAGGUGCCUGCAUAUAGGUCUCGGAGCAUGAUAAUAGUGUAUUACGACAGCUACGUGCAGUCAUUUUUUGAAGAGCUCGUCAAAUUUGUGUCAGCGUCGCGGAACAUGAUGCGAAAGGCAAAGAUGGCGGCCAAGGUCGCCCAAAUCAAGCGAUUAGCCGAACUCGAGAUGCCCGAGGACGGCGACGACGAUGACGACGGCGGCGACCUGCAACCAGGCGAUGCCUUGAUUGCCGCAGACCCCAAACUCGUGGCCGCCCGGCCAAAGGACAAGGCCGAAGAGAGCUUCAGGCUACAUUACCUGAGCACGCGCGAUAUGGGCCCGACGAUGCGGGUGACGGGCCCCAGCUUGGUCGCUAUGCGCGGCACCGAUCGCUUCGGUGGCGGUUUGGGCUUGUUUGGCCAAGGCGGCAAUGAUGUCUACGAUGAUCUGGACAAGGGACUCGAAUAUGUACAGAGCAUGUGCGAACAUGCGGCUCACCAAUUUCUACGCGAUGGAGAGUGCAGUGCCGAGAUUGAGAAAAUCAAGAAGCGGCUCGGGCUGACCAAGGAGGUGGCCGAUAAAGAAAUGGAACGCAUACUCAAGGAGAAUCCAAAUGCUCUCAACGAGCCUGAACCUACCAAAACUCGAAGUUAUCGGCCUAUGAGCAUGCGGCGGGAUCCCAGCGCUGCGUAGCUUGCCUGCACGAGGCAUCUGAUAUCUGAUGACGACGUCUGAUUUGACGAGCGACGGAGCUAUAUACCGAAUUGACUACUUAUGCACAUAUGACGCAUGUACUACUGUUGGACGGCUCGCCUGCAUAGCAUUGCGCUGGAGUUGGCAUAAAGGAUUCACCCAUAGGCAUUUUUGGGGACCAAUUCCGACAAGCUAAUUGGAAGUAUAUACGUAGUAUGCACUUAGGUCGCGGCACGGGGAACUUGGGCAAGCAAAAGCCGAUUACGACCGCUGCACUGGACGUUCACCGUGAUUAGCAUACGGGGGUAUAGCUAAAGCUGAGGUGUCGGCAGCCAAGGUACCCAUUAAUGUGGGG